UACAAGCCCUUUGUGAGAGUGCUUAAAGAAUUGCUUUCAAGCGGGUUGGGUUUUUGCUGUUGCUGAGGGUUUCUAUAGGGUGAAGUGCUUGCUUGUAAAGCUAUGCAGUUGGAGCACUGCUUAUCUUCAUCUAUAAUGCUCUCUAAGAAAUUUCUGAAUGUGAACAGCACUUAUCCCAACAGUGAGCUUGCUCUGCACGAUCCCAUCAUCUCGGCCAGUGAUAACCUCGAAAGAAGUUCACCUCUGAAAAAAAUUACCAGGGGGAUGACGAAUCAAUCAGAGGCAGACAAUUUUCCUGACUCCAAGGACGCGUCGGGGGACGUCCAGAGAAGCAAGCUCUCUCCUGUUUUGGACGGAGUCUCUGAAAUUCGUCAUAAUUUCGAUGGAUCAGCGGCAGACAGAUAUAUCCUGUCACAAUCGAGCCAACCACAGCAACCGGCUGCUGCUCCCAGUGCUAUGUUUCCUUACACUGGCCAGCAUGGACCAACACAUCCUGCUUUUUCCAUUAGCAGUCCGAGCAGGUACAUGGCUCACCAUCCUGUGAUCACAAAUGGAGCCUACAAUAGCAUUCUGUCCAAUUCUUCUCCCCAAGGCUAUCCGGGCACUGGUUACCCUUAUCCUCAACAGUAUGGACACAGCUACCAGGGAGGACCUUUCUAUCAAUUCUCUUCUGGUCAACCAGGACUGGUUCCCGGCAAAGCCCAGGUGUAUUUAUGUAAUAGGCCGCUGUGGCUUAAAUUCCACAGGCAUCAAACGGAAAUGAUCAUCACCAAGCAAGGCAGGCGGAUGUUUCCAUUUUUGAGUUUUAACAUCUCUGGUUUAGAUCCGACUGCACAUUACAACAUAUUUGUUGACAUAAUUCUAGCCGAUCCCAAUCACUGGCGAUUUCAAGGAGGAAAAUGGGUACCUUGUGGAAAAGCGGAUACUAACGUGCAAGGCAAUAGGAUCUAUAUGCACCCAGAUUCACCAAACACGGGUGCUCACUGGAUGAGACAAGAAAUUUCCUUUGGAAAAUUAAAGCUGACCAAUAACAAGGGUGCAUCAAACAAUAACGGUCAGAUGGUCGUUUUGCAGUCUUUACAUAAAUACCAGCCAAGACUACAUGUAGUUGAAGUGAAUGAGGAUGGAGCGGAGGAUUCUAAUCAGCCCGGCAGGGUUCAGACAUUCACCUUUCCAGAAACGCAGUUUAUAGCAGUUACAGCAUAUCAAAAUACAGAUAUCACACAGUUGAAAAUAGACCACAAUCCUUUUGCCAAAGGAUUCAGAGAUAACUAUGACACGAUCUACACGGGCUGCGAGGUGGACCGGCUCACCCCGUCCCCCAGCGACUCGCCGCGCUCCCAGAUCGUGCCGGGCACCCGCUACGCCGUCACCCAGUCCUUCCUGCAGGAGCAGUUCGUCAACAACUACGCCAAGGCCCGCUUCCACCACGGCGGGCCCGGGGGCGGCGAGCGCAGCGUCCCCCACAGCAACGGGCUGCUGUCGCCGCAGCAGGCCGAGGAGCCCGCCGCGCCCUCGCCUCAGCGCUGGUUCGUCACCCCGCUGCAACAGCCCGCCAACAACCGCCUCGACUUCUCGGCCUACGACACCGACUUCGCCGGCAACGCCAUCCUGUCGUACGGGGUGGGGGUGAAGGCGCUGCCCCUGCAGGCCGGCACCCGGCCCCUCGGCUACUACCCCGACCCCUCGGGCUGGGGGGCGCGCAGCCCGCAGUACUCGUGUAAAUCGAGCUCGGUGCUGCCCUGGGGCCGCGGCGCCUCGACUAACUCCUACCUGGAAGAGGCGGCGGCGGCUGCAGCCGCGGCGGCCGCCGCCGAGGGUCUGGGCCCGGGCGCGGGGCCCGGCACGGACCGCUCGCCCCUGGCGGCCGGAGCCGAGGACACUAAAGCCAAGGAGCUGCCCGACGCCGCCUGGAUCGAGACGCAGUCUUCCAUCAAGUCCAUCGACUCCGGCGACUCGGGCAUCUACGAGCAGGCCAAGAGGAGGCGCAUCUCGGCGGACGCGCCGCCGCCGCCGCCCGCCCCGGCGCCGGCCGCCGCCCCCGAGAGCUCGUCUCCCCUCAAGAGCGAGGCGCUGACCCCGAGAGACUGCGAGAAGAACUGCGCCAAGGAGAUGGCCUUUUACGGCUUCUACUCUCACGCCUAGAGGCCUCCCUGCGGGCCGGCCGGCCGGCCGGGGCGGGGAGGACCCGCCUGCCUCUCAAGUCUCUCGCCUCCCCGAGAAAGUGCCAAAAGCCACGCCAGCUCCCAGCUCUUUGAUCAGCGAACGGCUGGUGCCAAAAGCGAGAGUUCAGUUUGCUGCACAAAGACGCCCCUUUUCCUCUCCUGGUUGUGGUGAUGAUGCCUGUUUACGGUGGCAAUCCCGGGCUCGGAUGCACAGGCCGGUGUUUUGUAAACCCCGUCAGUGUUUAAAUGUGAUAAAUAAUUAUAAGAGUGAAGUUUAAAAUCCGUGUGUUCAUCUGUACAGACCUCUCCCCACCCAGCCCCCAACUCCCCACCACCUCGUACUUCAAUUGAAAUUUGGGUAUGUAAAUCAUGUCUGUACAGGAAACUUCGAUUCAAUUCCAAUGUGGCCAACAUUUAUCGUUGGUGUUGAGACGGUUCUAUAUAAAUCACAUGUACAGAUUAUUUUAAAUGGUAGAGUAGUGGCAUUUUGCGUUAUUUGUUCUCAGACGGCUCAGAUUAUAGAAUAGGUUUUAAUGCAUUCGUUUUGUAGAAACGUAGAAUUUUAGAGUUCAAUUCCUGAAGUUGCCACGUUGUUCAAGUGACAAAGAUCCUCCGAGGAGUAUAUUAUGAUCUGUUUGCAAUAGGAGUUUGGGGUGAGGAUGGGAGGGGGCGUGGGGGUCUAUGACGCUUUUCAGGGCUGAUAUGUAAAUUUUGUCUAUUCUGUAAAGAUAUUAUCGUGCUUGUAUAUGGAUAUACUUUCAUUCUGUUCCGUCUGUGAAGUGAAUGUCACAGAUCCUGUUUUUUUUUGCCAGUUUGUAUACAUUCAUGUGUAAAGUAAAACAAUAAAACGAAUGGAAUCCGUGUA